AAUUUUUGUGCCAAAAAACAAAAAAUUAUUAAAACAAAUUUUGUUUGAUUUUUGGAUUUAAUAAAAAAUAGAUACUUAAUUUUUCUAUAUAAUAAAUUCAACAAAAAUUAACAGGAAAGAAGAAAACAGAAUAUAUCGCAAACUUCAUUAAUAUAAAAUGUAAAAGGGUAAUAGCAACACAAACUAUAUGUUAGACUCAAAUAGGAGCAAUAUUCAAGAAGAGCUAAAAAACUUCUACAGCCAAAUGGAGAUUUCUCCUAAUCAUAGCUUUAAUAACUUAGAUACUCACAAUUUUGAAUAUUGUGCAUCAAAAAAUUAAAUGGGAUUUAGUGAAGGUGAAGGUACAAACGAAACAAAAGUAAAGAAUAUCCUAGCUCACUACUUAGAAGAAAACGAUGAAGAAAUUAGCAAGACAGAAGAUCACGCAACUGAGUCAGUAAACCAAAGCUGCUGUGACCUUAAAAAAUAGCCUGAUUAUAAUUUUCACAGUUUUUCGGAUUAAAAUUAUUAGUAUGGUAAGGAAUCGCCAUCUUCUGAUUUUCGCUUAUUUUAGCAUGAAGAUGAUAUAGCAAAUGAUCUUUCAUCUUCAGAGAAGCUUGACUUUUUCGAUAUCAAUGAAUAGACUAUAUAUAAGUAGAAGUUGAGUUAUACAACUCAAGUUGAAGACUUUAUAAUGAACUGUACACCAAAUCCAUUUUGCUUUGAAGCUUAAAAAGCUGUAGAAAAGAUAUUCUUAAAUAAAAGGAUUGAAGAAAUGAAGAAAAAAAGACUACUAACAAAGAAGCUUAUGAACAAAUAUCAAAACAAAAAAGAAAAGGACAUAUUUUUGUAGCAAAGCUAUAACUAGCUUUAUGAAGAUGUAAAAGAUAACAAAGAAGAGCCUAACAUUAGUCCACGCAAAAUAUUUUAAAAGGAAUUUAUAUAAUAAGAAGAAUAAAUAGAAGAUCUCAACAAAAACAGUAAUAGUAAUAAUAAUCCACAAUAAAUUCUGCCAAAUUUCGAUUAGUCUUCGCUAAGCAUAAACGCUAAUCAAGCAAUAGUAAUAAAUAAUAAUAUGUAAAAAAAAUAAUAACCAAAUAACAAGUUGCAAAGUAUUGAUAGUAGUAAAGAGGGGGAAAUUUUGAGAGUUUCAAAAACUCCUUGCAAAUGCAGAAAAUCUCUUUGUCUUAAACUUUACUGCGAAUGCUUUGCAAGAGGUGAAAUUUGUGGACAUGCUUGCGUUUGCUUAGAAUGUAAAAAUUCUAAAAAUCACUUAGAAUUAAGAAAUGAAGCCAUUAAGGUUAUUGAAGCCAAAAAUCCAUCAGCUUUUUUGUUUUCUAACAUUUAAGCAACAACAAAUCUUAAUAAUUAAGAUAAAAACCUUACAAAUAUGUAACUUGAAUAAUAAGACAUGGCUAUGGAUAUAAGAAGAGGUUGUAAUUGCAAAAAAUCUAAAUGCAAAAAGAAAUAUUGUGAGUGCUAUAUGAUAGGGAAAAGAUGUUCUUCACUUUGCCAAUGUUUAAAUUGCUCUAAUAAUAAUUCUCACUCACACACCAUAUCUUCUUACAGCUAGUCUCCUAUUUAGCACAAUGAUUUAUUAGACUCGAACUAAGAGUCAAAAAACAAUUCAAUAAUUAAAUUAAAACCAGUUCUAGCAAAGGAAUAGAAAAAAUUAUUUGAUAUUGUAAAUCAAGAAUAUUAGAAUAUCCAACAAGAUGACUAGUCGUUAUUGCAUACUCUUAAAGAUUCUAAUAAAUAAUAUAAAUUACAAGGAAAAAGCUAAUACCAAAAAUAGGAAUCACCUUAAUUAAUAAAAUAAAAAAAUUUUUAGAAUUAAAUACUUCCAAAAAAAACAGAAAUAUUUGCUUUUAAAGAUACAAUUCGUCAUACAGAUAAUUAAAAAGAUAAUACGACAUAUUCUUAAUUUGAAGCUAAAUAAACCACAGAUUAUAGCCAAUUGCAUUCAAGUAAAGAGAAUAAGAUUAAUUUAAAAGCUACUAAAAAGAUUAUAAAAACAAAAAAAGUUAAUCACACAAAUUAUUAUUGAUUUUCUUCCUUUUUUCAGCCUCCUCAUUCAUUCAUUAAUUGAAAAUCUACUAAAUAUAUUAAAUAAUUUAAAUGUAAAACAAAUACAAUAAUAUAAUUAUAAAAACAAACAACUAACCAGCACUCAAAUAUUAAAUUAAAACUACUUUUAUAUAUAUUAUAUAUAUUUAUAAGAAUCAUUUAAUUUUAUAUCUAUGUAUAUUUACUUACUUUCAAGUUUGAUCAAAUAAAAAAUUAUUCAAAAAACGCAAUAA